GGGCCACUGACAUUUUAUGUGAGAAAACUGGAAAGUUAUUAAAUACUCAGACAGCUAACCCGAAUUCUUGCAACAAAACAAACUCUGGCAAAAUUCCUCACAGUUCCUGUCUACCAAAAUUAUUUCUGCCUCACAAAGCUUUGGUCACCUCAAGUCCAUAGUAACAGACACGUGACCAUGGUGUCACCUUGCAACAGGAUAGAACCCCAAAUCAUUUAGCUGCCGACUAAACUUUUAAACUGCACAGCCAUGCCUGCUCCCUAUCUGUUAUUGUUUAUUUAGUUUACUCAGAGAUUGAUUGAAUGACGCAAGAAAAAGUUUCUGCAACUACCUAACUUCUCUCACACCUGUUCAGUAUUACUUACUACCUUAUAAAAGCGAAGGCGUGAUCUUUCUCCAGAAAGAAUAUACCACCUCUUUCUUGUUCUUCCCUUCUUCAUGCUAAGCCGACACAUUCCUAGCUCUCCAGCUUAACGUUUUACCAGUGGCAGCCAUCAGCCAAACCUGGGCUAUAAAUGAUGUCCGAAGUUUCUCUGACUGAUCGUGUUAUGAACCGCCGACGUCUUGAAGUUGGAAGUAGAUAUCACACAACUGCGAUUGACAUCAAUGAUAUCAUGGCUGCCACAACCACCACAGGAAAUAAGUUAGCCCAGGAAAUUCACGAUGAAUUUCUUACAUGUAAGAUCUGUCUGGAGGGCUUUAAAAACCCAAAAUGUUUAGACUGCUUGCAUACAUUUUGUGAACAGUGUAUUGAGAACCAUGUUAUGUCAGAAUGCACGUAUAAAAAAUAUAGUGACUAUCGUGAAUUCACAUGUCCAUUAUGUCGGAAACGAACCAAUCUUCCAAUCGGUGGUGUGAAAAAACUUCCAGAUAACUUUCUGGUCUCAAGUUUAGGAGAGGUGGUGGCACGACAAAGACCAUCCAAGUUUCCAUUCUGUGAUAUCUGUAAGAUGGUAAAUCGUAAACACAGAGAAGCAUCAUCAAAAUGUUUAGACUGUAAUAAGCUUCUCUGCAAACCAUGCGUGGAAUUGCAUAAAGAAACGAAAGUCACCAAGUCUCACAGUCUUUUCGACGUGGAAAUUGAAAAAGAUAUUGAAUGCAAGGAACACAAGGAAGAAGUGGUUAGAUUCUACUGUGAGCCAUGCCAAGCUUGUAUUUGUGUCCUCUGUACAUUUAACGAACAUAAGGACCAUGAAAUUACAAAUUUCUCGGAUGCUGUCGUUAAAUAUAAAGAUAGUAUACAACGUCUCUUGGAAUCUUGCAAGGAUCGUAUUAAUGUAUAUGAUACUCAAAUUGAUACGCUUGGCAGAUGUGACACUUUGAUCAAAGAUGCUGAACAAAAGAUUCAUGAUGUAGCUAUUGCUUUUAUUGCUGAAAUUCGAUCUAAAGAGAAAACCUUGGUUGAAGAAUUGCAUUCAUUGUAUGGAUCUGAGGUGAUGGAAUAUAUUAACAGAAAAGUGGAAAUGCAGUCAAAUUUGGAAAGUCUGAAAAAUACAUGUAACUUGACUGAGUUAGUUCUGAAAGGGAAAGAUAUUGAACUGCUCCUGCUUAAAAAUCAAGUGCAAGAAAAACUUUCAUGUCUGUCGGAAAUUGAGCUUAAGGAACUCCCUAAUACAGUAUGCAAGCAAAUUUUAUUUACUCCAGGAAGUAUAGAUCUGGGAACAAUUGAAGAUCCGGAUCGGCCGAAACCAAAGGUAUCAAUGCAACCUCGUCGAUCUUUAUCAGCGGCUGAUUAUUGGAGAGAAAAGUCCCCCACUAGAGCGCCGCCAACCUCUUCUACCUCGACACAAACUGAAAAAGAAGACAAGAGCCAAAAGCUGAGGGAAGCAGCAAUACAGACGGAGGUUGAGGAAACUCCAGCUCCACCUGGAGCCGAUGAUAAGUCCAUCAGUACUGACAAAGUGGAGACAGAAGAAAAGGCUGUUAAUACUCGAUCCCGUAGUCUGCAGAGUUUGACCUAUCAGCUGCAACGUAACUCCAAGGAAGGAUCUCCUGAAAAUAAUGGUGAGCCACAAACACCCCCUGAGCCACAAUCUUCUCCCGUCAUCAACCGCCGACAUCAUCGACGCCGAAGAGAACGACCAAGAGCUAUGGAGGUGGGAGACGAACCGACAACCUACACAUCAGCUUGUGUAAUUUCAUCGUCACCUUCUCCUAAUAUUCCACGGUGUUCAGCCAUUGCUGUUCCAGACGAGUGGUCUGCAAGAAACCCUUCUACUGCUUCCAAAAUAAAUUGGUUAUCAUACAAAUAUCAGAAAUAUCCAUCCGCUAGUUCCAAUUUCAGCUCCAGUUACAAGUAAAAGAUGCAACAUGUGGUCACGCCAACAGAACAAUAUCCAACGUUUGCCAAUUAUCAGAGAAAAGACCCUUAUGAUCCAGAUAUGUGGUAGGCGAUAUGAACUCAACAAUUUCUUAGACCUCCAUCUAGUGCUAUUUAUUUCUCAACAUUUGGCCACUGAGGAAUUUCCACAGUAAACUGCUAUUAGAGAGAAAGGAACAGGUGAAAAUUUGUUUCACUUUUAUCCUCUUCUCUAGGCUGUUUGACAUUCCAAGACUGGCACCAAUCUUUACCAAUGCAAGCUCUUGGGAUUUCAUCUACUGAUAAAUAUUUCUGAAGUUAACUUUACAACAUUUGCUCCUUCCAUUUUUGGAGUUCUUGCUAAAAUGAUCAAUCUGUAGAGAACUCUGAAAUUUCUUGAAAUUCUUGUCUCCUUCUUUUUCUCCCAUUUUUUUUUUUUUUUUUGUAAUUCAAUGAGAUCCACUCUUAGAAGAUUGUCAUCAAAAAGAAACAAACUUUAAAAUUAUUUUCAAGCUGCCCAAUUUUGGAUAAGAAAUAAUUUCAUUUAGAGAAUUGCUUCUAAAAGCAUCCAGAAAUAAGUAAAAUGUAACUGUCUCAGAUCUCUGCUGACAAAAAUAAAACAAAAAACAUUUAUUCUGCCAAAAUAUUUCUUAGAAUGAAGAACACUCUAUAACAAAUCUUCAAAUGAUUAAUAAACAGGAAAUAAUUUU